AUGGCGGCCUCCGUUAACACAACAAACGGCAUGAGAAGUAUGCUGCAGUUUAUGAAGUUAAUCGGACAGCUCAAAAGAGUCCCACGGACUGGCUGGGUGUACAGAAAAGUAAAAGAACCAGAGAGUGUGUCUGACCACAUGUACCGCAUGGCCAUGAUGUCCAUGACCAUCACUGACCCCACAGUGGACAGAGACAGGUGUAUAAAGCUGGCUCUGGUUCAUGACAUGGCAGAAUGCAUUGUUGGAGAUAUAGCUCCUUCAGACAAUAUCAGUAAAGAAGAGAAACAUCGCAGAGAAGAGGAAGCAAUGGGACAUUUAUCCAACCUUUUGCCAAAUGGACUGAGGCAAGAAAUCUAUGCGCUGUGGGAGGAGUAUGAGUCCCAGAGUAGUGCGGAGGCCAGGCUGGUCAAACAGUUUGACCUCCUGGAGAUGAUCCUUCAGGCACAUGAGUACGAGCAAGAGGAGUCGGCACCUGGACGACUGCAGGAGUUUUUCGACUCCACCGACGGUCGUUUUCAUCACCCAGACGUUGUUGAGUUUGUGAAAUGUCUAAACGAGGAGCGACAAUCUCAAGUGAAAACAACAGAUAAGACAUCACAAACCUCCUGA